AAGCCUGGGAUUGAUUUUUGCUCCCUGGCAGCUCCUCCAGCUGGGCAGCCAUGGGGAACCACCAGUCUCGAUCCACAGCAAGUAAGAACCAUGGGAAAACUGAGGCUGGACAUGAGGAAUUGACCCUCCUUCUGGAAGUUUUCCAGGUGGCCAUGAGUCCUUAUCAAGAUUUAAUCUCAGAGCAGGAACUGGACACAGCUUUCAAGAUCUAUGAGUCAUUCAAGUCGUUCUUCCAAGCCCGGGAUGACCAAGAAGCAGCCAGUCAAGCGCUUAAGGAGCUCAAGUCAUUGGAAACUGUCAAGCUGCGGAUUGCUGUCACAGGAGAAACAGGUGCUGGGAAAUCCUCCUUUAUCAAUGCCAUCCGGGGCGUGAGACCUGAACAGACAGGCGCGGCCGAAAUUGGGGUGAAUGAAACAACGAUGGAUCCCACACCUUAUGAGUGUCCUCGCUACCCCAAUGUCACGUUCUAUGACCUGCCGGGCAUUGGAUCUGUGCGUUUCCAGCCAAAGACCUAUCUGAAGGACGUGAACUUCAGUACCUACAACUUCUUCAUUAUUGUGAGCUCCGAACGGUUCCGAUCCAGCGAUGCCGACCUGGCCCUGGAGAUCCAGAAGAUGGACAAGAAGUUUUACUUUGUGCUGGCCAAAGUGGACCAAGAUUUAGAGAAUGAAAAAAGGACCCGUGGUGAGGCCUACAAUGAAGGCAAUGUUCUUCAGAAGAUCCGGGACACAUGCAGGAGACAGCUGGAAGCCUUGGGGGUCUCCAGUCCAAAGGUUUUUCUUCUCUCCAACUGGAAUAUAGCCAAGUUAGAUUUUCACCAACUGGAGGACACCCUAGAACAGGAUCUUCCCCAUCUGCAGAAGCUGGUGUUUCUGCUGAGCCUGCCCAACUUCUCCAAGGAAAUCCUGGAGAAGAAGCGAGCUGCGCUGAAGAAGUUGACCUGGCUCAUAGCCCUGGCCUCAGGUGGUGCCGGUGCCAUUUCCAUCCCUAGCGUCUCUCUGCAAUGCAAUAUCCAACUCCUUCUGGUCUCCAUGAUUGGCUUCUACAAGCACUUUGGCCUGGAUGAUGAGUCCCUGAGCCGUAUGGCCAGUCAAGCUGACCUGCCCCUGUCCGAGCUGAAGGGGAUGAUGAGAUCACCAGAAAUCCAAAACAUACAGCUUCCCCUUGUACAGCUAUCCUGGGCCAAGAAGUCAUGUUGUGUACUCGGAAUGGUCAAGGGAAAACUUAGUCAUGCACUAAUAAGUGCAGCAUGCUCUUUCGUUGUCUCCGUCUACCAGCUCUCCAAAGUUGUAGAUGAACUUUAUGCUGAUGCCCUUCAGGUGAGGGCCAAAGCUUUGGGAGAUGAGAAUUAUUAAAGUGUCUGGAGGACUCUCUGGGACUUUGGCCCUGGACAGAGUGUGGAUA